AUGACGCGAGCCGGCUCCGGCAACGAGAUCAGCUGCCGACCCGAGGUCCGGCCGCGCGGCCAGCGCCAGAGCCAGAGCCAGCACAACGAGAUCAGCUGCCGACCCGAGGUCCAGCCGUGCGGCCAGCGCCAGCGCCAGCACAACGAGAGAUCAGUUUCCAACCCGAGUUGCUGUGAGUUGAUUACAGUUCUGUUUCGACGCUUCACAGACGAGUGCAAGGAGGAAACGGAUGCCGCCUCGACGAACAAACGUGGGGAUGACAGGAACUCUGCCGGCACGGACAGCCUCCACUCCAAACGGCCACGCAGGCGACGAACGGCCUUCAGCCACGGUCAGCUGGCAUUCCUGGAGCGGCGGUUCCGGGUUCAGAAGUACCUGUCGGUGGCCGACAGAGCCGAGGUGGCCGACACACUCACCCUGACGGAGACGCAGGUCAAGACAUGGUACCAGAACAGACGCACGAAGUGGAAGCGGCAGAACCAGCUGCGGCUGGAGCAGCUGCGGCAUCACGCCGGCGUGACGUCAGCUGGUGACAAGACGGCCAGCGGCUACCACAGCCUGCUGCUGGACAUCCAGGCCGCCUGCGGCCUGCUGCUUUAUGCCGACUGA